AGAUCUCUAGCUUUGAUCGAUCGAUCUUUUUUUCAAUAUUGGAAGCUAGCAUUUUUCUUUUUAAACCCAUCGAUGGACGUAUCCGAAUUGAAAAUGGAUGUGCAUAUAUAGAUAGCUAGGUUUAAUUUAAUCUCAUCUUAUCCUCGAUCUCUAUCUCUAGUCUAGCUAGAUAAGAUAAUAACAGAUCCUCUAAAAUCUCGGAUUUUCCUCCUAAAUAUAUAAAACGUCCAUCGGCCGGCCAUUUGAUAGAAAUAUUAUAUAGUAAUGAUAAAAAUGGGGAAGGCGUCAUCAUCAUCUUUAUUGCUGAGUUUAAUAUUAUAUGUGAUUGUGGUUUUGGUAUGUGGGGUGAAUAGUAGCGGUGUGGGAAUAUAUGAGCUGAAGAAUGGGGAGAUGUCGGUGAACAUUACCAACUACGGCGCCACUCUCCUCUCCCUCGUCUUGCCCGAUCGACAUGGCAUCACUUCUUCCCUUUUCUCUAUUCCGUUCACCUUCUAAUUACCAGUAUAAUAAUUCUGGUGUUUAAUUAGAUGUACUUCUUAAAAUCGCUUCUGCGGUUUCACGGAGUAGAAGUAUUUGAGUGAAAGUGCAUAAGUAGUGCUCCAAAUUACUUCUGGAAAUAGUUUUUUAGAAGACGUGGAAGAACCAUUUCUGAAAAACUGAUUCGGAUUUUGCUUCUGUUUGAAAAAGUGAAAUGGAAACAGAAUAUAUGAGUUUAUUAAAUUGGAUUCCAUCUGCAUGUACGUAAUGUUUGUUCUAAAAACGUUUUCUUUAUUUUUGGUUUUGAUAGGAAAAUUGCAGGAUGUGCUUCUCGGGUUUGAUUCCCUCGAUGGUUACAAGAAUGAUACGACAUACUUUGGAGGACUGGUUGGACGGGUAGCCAAUAGAAUCGGGGGAGCAAGGUUCAGUUUGAAUGGGGUCCAGUACAAACUCCCUGCCAAUGAUAAUGGCCGCAACACCCUCCAUGGUGGUAGCAUAGGAUUCAGUGAUGUUAUAUGGACAGUUGAAGAGUACGUUCAGAACCGCCAUCUCUUACUCUCCUACAUGAGUCCCGACGGAGAACAAGGAUUUCCAGGUGAUGUGAAUGUGAGUGUGAGAUACAUGCUACUGGGCAAAAACAAACUAGGCAUAAGGAUGAAAGCCAAGGCUGUGAACAAGGCAACCCCUGUGAAUUUAGCCUCACACUCCUACUGGAACCUUGCUGGCCAUACCAGCGGAGACAUCUUGUCCCACACCAUCCAGAUCUUCGGGUCCAGCAUCACCCCCGUAAAUGACGAUCUCAUCCCCACGGGGGCGAUCCAGCCCGUGAAAGGGACACCGUAUGAUUUCCUACAACCGCGCGAAAUCGGCAGCAAGUUGAACCGACUCCCCAGAGGAUACGACAUCAACUACGUGUUGGAUGGCAUAGAGGGAAUGCCGCCACGCCACUUGCACAGGGUGGCUGUGGUGGAAGAGCGCAAGUCGGGUAGGAAAAUGGAGUUGUGGACCAAUAAGCCCGGGGUGCAAUUUUACACUAGCAAUAUGUUGAAUGAUACGGCGGGGAAAGGCGGGUUUGUGUAUCGAAAAUAUGCCGGGUUGUGUUUGGAGACGCAAGGCUUUCCAGAUUCCGUCAACCAUCCAAAUUUCCCUUCACAGGUUUUAAAUCCAGGGGACACUUAUGAUCAUGUCAUGGUUUAUAGGUUCACUGCUCACACCACAAGCUAUGGGCGGAAGGGUGCAUUUUGAUCUAUCUGAUCAGCAACGUUUAAUUACUACCUUAGUUAAUAAAUUUGAACUUUAGUGGAGUAGCUUUUCCCAUACAGUCAAGCAUUGUUUUUUUUUGUAAUUUUAGCCUAGUGACUAGUAUCUAUUUUCCGUGUCGAAAAUGAUAAUGUAGCAGACUUCUUUGUCAAACCCAUCCUUCAAUCGUUCAAAAGAAAAAAACAUCCUUAAAUUGUUCUUAUAAUAAUUUACUCUAAUUGGUGUUGUGUGUUAUGCUUCGAAAGUUUGAAUCCCCC